AUCUGUUUUGAACACUUUUGUUAUAUCAUAGAUACAACACAAGGGGCUGAGAUUUAUUGCUAUAUGUCACAUUUUUUUAGGUCAUUGUAAUGGUUAUAAAUACUUGCCAAUGCGUUCUUUUUCAUGAAUAUAUACUACUAAUAUCAUAUAUAAAGUGGAUGGUCUACACAAUAAAUGAACAAAUACCGGAAAGAAGAUCUUGUUUAAGUACCUACAGAGACAUGUAUUUGGAAGUUAUAGAAUGCUUACAUCAAGUCAAUAAAUCGAUAUACGGUGUACCUGCCAUAGUUGUUUUCAUUGCAUCAAAUGUCGCUGAUAUCAUUAUUAUUAUAUACAGCAAAUUAUUAUUCCCUAGAGACUAUAGUAAUGAUCCUUAUUUGGUAGUUGCUUUCAUGCGUUUGUUGACGAAAACAGUCAAUGUUCUAAUCUUAUACAUGAUUGGUGACUCUACGGAAAAAGAGGUAAAUCGGAUGAGUCUUGUCUUACAUCAACGAUCCGUCAUAGAAAAAAACCCUAGGAUUAAACGUCAGGUAUAUAAUAUUAUUUAUUACCAUCAUAAGUAUUAACUACAUGUGAUUCAUAUUACAUAGGUACAUUUAUUACAUAAAUUAUCAAGAAGGAAUAAUUAUUU